GUUUGUAACAAACAACAGCCGAGAGAGAGAGAGAGAGAGAGAGAGAGAGAGAGAGAGAGAGAGGAUCAUCAACAGCGACAAAAAUGAACGUUGAAGAGGAGAUCCAUAGGCUCGAGGAAGAAAUCCAACGCCUGGGCUCUCUCCAACCCGAUGGCUCUUACAAGGUCACUUUCGGAGUGCUGUUCAACGAUGAUCGGUGCGCAAAUAUAUUCGAAGCCCUUGUCGGAACACUGAGAGCCGCAAAGAAACGCAAGAUUGUAGCGUACGAAGGAGAGCUGUUGCUGCAAGGCGUCCACGACAAGGUCGAGAUCAUUAUGAGGCCGCCGCCUCCUCCUCCUCAGCCACAGACAGCAGUUGCCGCAGCUUCCUAGGUUGCAGUAACUGAGUUCGAGUUCAUGUAAUAAACCGAAGAAUGUCAUAAUCUCAUCUUCUUGUUUAUGUGUUUUAUUAUCCAACAAGGUUUGGUUGCCCUGUUCUAUGAGAUAAAACCAAGGUUUCACUUCA